GGGAGGGCGGCGGCGGCGGAGACGCAGAGCGGCAGCGGCAGCAUGUCGGCCGGCGGAGCGCCAGUCCCGCCGCCCCCGAACCCCGCCGUGUCCUUCCCGGCGCCCCGCAUCACCCUGCCCGCCGGCCCGGACAUCCUGCGGACCUACUCGGGGGCCUUCGUCUGCCUGGAGAUUCUGUUUGGGGGACUCGUCUGGAUUUUGGUCGCCUCCUCCAACGUUCCUCUACCUCUGCUACAAGGAUGGGUCAUGUUCGUGUCCGUGACAGCUUUCAUCUUUUCCCUCCUUUUCCUGGGCGUGUUCCUCUCUGGCAUGGUGACUCAGAUUGAUGCCAACUGGAACUUCCUGGAUUUUGUGUACCAUUUUACAGUGUUUGUAUUCUACUUUGGAGCCUUUCUACUGGAAGCAGCAGCCACAUCCCUGCAUGAUCUUCAUUGCAAUACGACCAUGGUGGUGCAGCCGCUCUUGAGCGAUAACCAGUAUAACAUAAACGUAGCAGCCACAAUUUUUGCCUUUGUGACAACAGCUUGUUAUGGUUGCAGUUUGGGUCUGGCUUUACGAAGAUGGCGACCGUAACACUCCUUAGAAACUAACGGCCUGUGUUAGUUUCAUUUGUCUACUUUAUGUGUCUGAUCAAAUAGAUGCCAUUUUGUCCAGAUAGAACAACAUUCCAAAAGUAAUUUGUUUAGUAUACAGAGAGAAUCAAAGUACAAGUUUUGGUUCAUUUCAUGGAUGGUAUUUUAAUUGUAUUAUGAUGUUAAACAGAGAAAUGGCCUUUAAUUUUACAUUUGUCUCUUUUUUAAAGAAGAUUUUCUUUAUAUCCAUAAAAUAUACAGAUAUUUCUCAUAAAAAAGGGGUAUUUCUUUUGUUUAGAGUCACCUAAACCUUAAUUUUAAUAGGUAACUAAAAUUUCCUUAAAAAACAAAGAAAGAAACCACGUUUUAAAUAGCCUUCCCACUGCACUCUGUCUUUUAAUAUAAGACAGAGAUUGGCACCCUUUUUCUAUAAAGGUCCAGUUGGUAAAUAUUUUAGGCUUUGUGGGCCAUACAGUCUCUGUUGCAACAAUUCAAAUCUGCUGUUAUUUUGUGAAAGCAGUCAUAGGCCAUACACAAAUGAAUGUGCCUGUGUCCCAAUAAAACUUUAUUCACAAAGACAGGAAGCAGGCUGGAUUUGGCCUGUGGGCUGUAGAUUAUAGUUUGCCAACUUCUGGUAUAAAACCUUAGUUAUAUGUUAUGUAUUUUAUUGAACUGAUCCUGAAAGGUAUAAAACAUGAUAUUUAGCCUCAUUAUGCAAUAAUCACAUUGCCUUUGUGUUAAUGGUCAAGUACUUACCCUUAAAGUGGUGGAUAGUUUUUCAGACGAAUUCAAGCAGAGUCUUGGGUACAGGAAAUGUAAUUUAUGAAGUAAAUCCUAGUUGCUUAAUCAAACUAAGGGUCUCUUAACAACUAAGCAAACCUCUCAUCUGGCAUCCUUAAAAUGAGAUUCCCUGAGAAACCAUUCACCACUACUGGAACUGGUAUCUAGCUACUUAGUCUUACUUUGGAUUUAUUUAUGCUUCAGAAUACAGCUGUUUGUCCUGUGCAUGAACAUAUGAAUAAUUAUGUGUGGAUAUGUGAGGCUUUACCAAAUAGAAGAGUUAACCUGUAACUUCUAAUUAUUUAACAUUACUUCCUGAGUUAAAUUUGGAUAUAGUAUUAAAUAAAACUUAAAGCUGUAGCUUUUUACGUGUUUUGAUAAUGGUCCCAACAUCUGUGCUGUUUUACAUUGGUAUAAAAUCAGUUUUAAAACAACAGCCAUUAUAAGAACUUGUCCCUGGCUGAAUUGCACGGAAAAUAUUUUAAUGCAUCUGUUAGAGACCCUGGUUGUGGAAAGGUGCCAAAAAUGGCUUGAAUGGGAGACCAAGUAAGAGUUAGGUCCCAGCUCCCACCACACUGUCCAAAGCAAGAUACUUCUCUCCUACCCCAGAAGGGCUUCCUCUGGGAAAAGAGGGCUUUGACCAGUCAAAACCUUCAGCCCUUUGCUUUUUUGGCUGAAUCGUCCCAUAAGAGUGCCAUGUAUAAGUUGUGCUAUUAGAUUUCAUGGAACGCAGAACAAUCCUGAAUGAGUAACAUGAUCAAUGCUCAGUGAUCAGAUGCUACUUAUGUAAUAAUCCCCUAGAAGGAAGAAUUUUAUUAGAGUUUGCUUUGUGAUAUAAACUGUGUUUCAAUAUGUGGCAAGAAAAAAUCAGUCUACGAUUUUAUACUCAUGUCCUAUCUUUUCUAUAAUAUCUGACUUCCUUGGUUUUUCUAGCUUCAUACCACACACUUAAACCUGUAUUAUGAAUUGUAUAUUACAAAGUCAUAAAUGUGCCAUAAGGAUAUAUAGUCUAUUCGAGUUGGAAUCAUUCAAAGUUAGUCUGCUAGAUUUAGUUGUGAGAUUUUAUUUUUGUUUCCAAAGUAUAACAGGUCCAUGCUUGGUGGCAUUAAAUUAAAUGAUUUCAUGAAAUGGCUUUAGUGGCACUUUUGUAAAUGGAUUGCUUCUAGAUCAUUAAGAACCAAGCCUAAAACUCAUCUGACUGUGAAUACUUAUAUUUGUAGAUUAAUCGUGUUCUGGGUUUGUGAAUUGAGUGACAAAGCACUUGAACAAAAAUUAUGGCAUUUGAGAAUUUCUUUAUAUAUGCUGUAGAAAUGAGAGUGUUGGUUUUAAAAUCUGGUAACUCCAUGAUGAAAAGAAAUUUAUUUUAUAAGUGUUAUGACUCUAAUAAAGUAUUCAUUUGAUAAUCU